UGCAAGCGUCGUUAGGCAGGCCGGGUCAAUAUCAAUCGGGCAGGUAGGUACAGGGGGAGCAAGCGGAGAAUGGUCGGAGUCACAAGCCAGGGAUCAGGAGCAGGAGAAUGGUCAGACAAGCCAGGGAUCAGAGCAGGGUCAGCAGAGAAUCAGACAGGAACAGGGGAGCAGGAACAGGAUACAGGGCCCAGGAGAAACACAACACCAAGGCAGAGUCUGCAGGUCUGGCCAUCACUUAAAUACACCUGCAUAAGCAGUUUCAGGUGUUUGGCUGACUGCAGGGUUGAGUCUCUGAUUGCUGGGAGCACCCGCUGGCCAGCCCUGGUACUGCAGCCCACAAGGCAGGUGAGUCCCACCAUUACUGGCAAGUCCAUUCCUAACAUAAGUAGGUGC